CUGCCUGCCUGCCGCCGGGCGCCCGUGCGGACGGUGCCCUCGGACCCGCGCCCUCUGCCCUGCCCGCCGGCCCGCCCUGCUCGCAGGCCCGCCCUGCUCGCAGGCCCGCCGCUCGCGGAGGAUGCUGGCAUUCGCGACUCGGAGCAUGGCGAGGUCGGCGAGCUUGCUGAAGCCGGUGGCGCUGGGGAAGCUGCCGGGCCGAUACCUCGCUCACCAAGAGGGCCUGCCCCGCCUUCCGGUGCCACCCCUCCAGCAGACCUUGGAUCGGUACCUCUUGGCUCUGCAGCCCAUCAUCAGCGAGGAGGAACUGAGCCAUACCAGGGCGCUGGUGCAAGACUUCCGCAAAGUGGGUGGCGUUGGGGAGCGGCUGCAGAAGGGGCUGGAGCGGAGAGCCCGGAAACAUGAGAACUGGCUCUCAGACUGGUGGCUGAACACAGCAUACCUGGAGUAUCGCCUGCCAGUGGUCGUGCACUCCAGUCCAGGCGUCGUCUUGCCAAAACAGGAUUUUCUGGAUCGGCAAGGGCAGCUCAGGUUUGCUGCCAAGCUGAUCGAAGGGGCCUUAGAUUUCAAGACUAUGAUAGAUAACGAGACCCUUCCCGUGGAGUAUCUGGGAGGGAAGCCCCUCUGCAUGAACCAGUACUACCGGAUCCUCUCAUCCUGCCGCAUCCCCGGCCCCAAACGCGACUCCGUGGUGAACUACGCCAAGGGGAAGAAGCCGCCCACGCACAUCACGGUGGUUCACAACUUCCAGUUCUUUGAGCUGGAUGUCUACAGCAGCGACGGCAGCCCCCUGACAACCGACCAGCUCUUUAUUCAGCUGGAGAAGAUUUGGAACACUUCCCUUCAGACUAACAAGGAGCCGAUUGGGAUCCUGACUACAAACCAUCGCAACAGCUGGGCCAAAGCCUACAACAACCUCAUCAAAGACAAGAUCAACAAGGAGUCCGUGCGCUCGAUCGAGAAGAGCAUCUUCACCAUCUGCCUGGAUGCGCCGAUGCCCCGGGUUUCGGACGACAUCUACAGGAGCCGCGUGGCAGCCCAGAUGUUGCAUGGAGGGGGCAGCCGCUGGAAUAGCGGGAACCGCUGGUUCGACAAAACCCUUCAGUUCAUCGUGGCCGAGGACGGCUCCUGCGGCCUGGUCUAUGAGCACGCGCCCUCGGAGGGCCCCCCCAUCGUCGCGCUGCUGGACCACGUCGUGGAGUGCACAAAGAAACCAGAGCUGGUGCGAUCGCCCAUGGUCCCCUUGCCAAUGCCAAAGAAGCUGCGGUUUAACAUCACCCCAGAAAUCAAGAAUGACAUUGAAAAGGCCAAGCAGAACCUUAACAUAAUGGUGCAGGACCUGGAUAUCAAGGCCAUCGUCUUCCACCAGUUUGGAAAGAGCUUCCCCAAGGCGAUGAAGAUCAGCCCGGAUGCGUUCAUCCAGAUGGCCCUGCAGCUGGCCUAUUACAGGAUGUACGGCCAGUGCUGUGCCACCUACGAGAGUGCCUCUCUCCGGAUGUUCCGCCUGGGCCGGACAGACACGAUCCGCUCAGCCUCGAGGGACUCUCUGAAGUUCGUGCAAGCCAUGGAUGACCCUGGCACGCAGGAGCAGGAAAAGGCAGAGCUGUUGAGGAGGGCCACCCAGGCCCAUCGGGCCUACACUGACAUGGCAAUCAGAGGGGAAGCCAUCGAUCGCCACCUCCUGGGCUUGAAGUUGCAGGCUAUCGAGGACCUGGUCAGCAUGCCCGAACUCUUCAUGGACACGGCCUAUGCCGUCGCCACGCACUUCAACCUCUCCACGAGCCAGGUUCCGGCCAAGACCGACUGCGUGAUGUGCUUCGGCCCCGUGGUUCCGGACGGCUACGGCAUCUGCUACAACCCGAUGGACGAGCACAUCAACUUCGCCAUCUCUGCCUUCAACAGCUGCAGUGACACCAACGCGGCCCGCAUGGCCCAUUAUCUGGAGAAAGCACUGCUAGACAUGCAGCUGCUGCUGCAGUCCAGCCCCAGGUCCAAGCUCUGAAGGCGCAGGCCAUGGUGGCGAAGCCAUUUCCGUGGGCCCCGAAGCUCCUCCAGUAUCCAGGCUGCAGACAUGGGGUGUUCUUGCUGCCUGCGCUACUGAAAGCAGGAUGGGCCCCGUUUGCGUCUCUGGGACUGCGAGGCAAGUGCAGAAAUGCAUCCAUGUGGCUUUCUUGGACGUCCGUCCUGUGAUUCAGAAGUGCCCUGGAUUACUCCUGGAAGUUGUGGACAAGCGUGCCCUGCGUUUCUGUGUGUUCGCUUGUUUUGCUGUGGAAAUGAUACGGGACAAGCCUCCUCCUCCCGCCAGCUGACACGCACCCAGGUGGAGAGGCCACCUUCUCCUGCCGACAGUGAGGGAAAAACAGACGCUCCUGCCAGCCACCUCCGGUUUCUGGCCAUUCCAGCAGCUCUAUGCCUGCCGGGGAUGCUUCUAAUACCUCUGUUGGUGCUGGUAUGGCCAGAAGAACGCCUUUCCACCCUAGCUUUUCCCCAACUGUUUUGCUCUCAUCCUGCUUUCUACCCCAGAGGCCUCCCUCUCACCAUCCUCCCCACAUAAUCCGUCUGACGUGUUUGAAAAUUGGUUGCACAGUGCCUGUUGCCUUAACAGGCGCUCUUCAGUGGCUGGGGCCAUUCUUGGUGUUUGGACGUAAAGUUUUCUUGCAUCGCUGCUGACGGAGAACAAGUAGGCCUCUGUUACAGCCAGGUUACUGGAGGGUGCUUUCUUCCUUUUGGCUUGUUUGUAGGGCUGAUGCUCUGGGGAGGUCGGUGACUCUGCCUCAGUGCGGCUCCUUCACCAAUGCAGCUCUCAUUCUGAGCCUUCUACGAUGCCAGAUGCGUCCUCAUGGAGCACCAUGGCCAGCUCCUAGAAAGCUCAGAAGGGAACCCAUGAUGGGGAGAGUUUUGGCCUUGAAGGAGGGCAGGCCAAAAUCCCCACCCACCCAUAAUGCUUACUUUGGCAACUCUGGGCCAGUCCUCUUCUUUCAGCCUAGCCUCCCUUGCAGGUCUGUUGUGAGGAUAUAAUAGUGGGUUGUGGGGGAGAUCCAUAAAUAUUGUGUUGUUCCUUCUUUUUGAGGAAGGGCAGGUUAAAAAUGUAAUAAUAAUAUAUAACAACAAUAACAACAGUUCAAAGACCUGGUCUUUGCAGCUGGAAAGGGGAGAAUGUUUUACUUUUAGAUAAUGCUUCUUAUUUGAGAAUCUAAAUUAAUUACGCAUCAGCUGCUUUUCCUGAGCGGUACUUCCCCCUGCCCCCUAGAGAAAAAUAUUAGUUACUGAGGUCUAUAGGAGGAACAGAUGCAACUUUGGUGGGUCCCCCUUAGGUCAGGGGACUCGGCCUGCAUCGAUAGACCUGUCCUAAUCUUGUGACAGAAUCUCGAAAGGAGGAGAUGGAGCAACUCGGAAACAGCCCCACCGCUCAGGUCUCCUUGCUCCAUGGUUAAGUUUAUACCAUGACUCACCCGCACGGCUAAUGAUUGUCCAGAUGACCUGCUGUUUCUCACAUGCUUGGGUCAGCCCUCCUGUUCCUUGCUUAGCUGGAUGUGGAUUCCCUGUUCUUGAUGCUUUGUUUAUCGUUGAAAUGUACACACAAGCCUUAAGCUUUUGAGGGACUCUCAGGUUGAAUCCCAAAUACUUGGGCAUACACACAUCGAAACAAAUCCCCCUGUAACUAUGAGGAGAGCUCCCAAAUCCAAAGCUUUAGAAAGGGGAAAACAAAAAAAUUCAAACCCAUGUGUAUCUUGGUGGCAGGCUGUUUAAGGGUUUGAUCCAGAUUUUAUGCAGGAUCGGCUACCUUAAAAGUGAACUUCGCACUUCCUCCCUGCACUGCCCCACAGAACUGCUAUAAAGUGGAGAGAGACCAUGCUCAAUAGGGGGAACCCCCAGAACUGGGCAGAGGGACCUUCUGAGAGCAGAGAGUCCCUUUCUCUUUGCAGGGGACUUCAACCCAUAGUCCAGCAGCCCAUAACCUGCCAGCAGUUUUAAGGAGACACUAAAUAGCACAAUCCCUUGCAUGGUUGGACAUAGUAAAAGGACUUUUUCCUGCCUGGACGUGUGCAGGAAUGUGUUUUAGAUGCUAGAAGUUGGAACCUGAUGGCCAAAGUGAGAUGGAAAUGAAACAUGCCGCUCUAGACCGAUGCCGUCCAGCCUGUCUGCAAAGCCACGGACACUAAUGGUUGUAUUUGAAGCGGACUCUCUAGGGGACAAGAAAUAUGAUCUCAGGUGAAGAGCAAUUUAGCCACUGUAGAUCUGUGGCUGUUGCCUAUUGCUAGCCUCCCAGCUGCAGCACACAACUGGAGCUUGUGCCUGGCACCCUGCCUGUGAUUUCUCCAGCAGGGCAGGCACUCUGUUCCCAUCAGGGGAGCGAAGCAAAGCAGCAGCUGUCUGAGAGAGAAAAAAGCCUGCACUGCACACUUCAGGCCACUCAGGUGUGGCUCAGUUAACUCUCCGGCCAUGUACCGAGGGAUGGCGUUUGCUCCGUGAUGUGCCAUUCGCAGACAUAAAGGUGUCGCUUGGGGGCCAGAAGUAGUUCAGAUCCAGUUAGUUUAGGGGAAAGCAAAAGAGCCCAAAUUGGGAUUUUUAUCCUGCUCUAGCACUACACACUUCACUGUAGGUGAUCGAGCAGGGAAAGAUGAGAAUUAAGCCACUGUAAUCUUGGGUCUUAACCGAGUAAAAGUUGCUGUGGCAAUUUUUAAAGAGAUGCAGCACUCUAAAUAAUUGUUUGAGGUAACCAGGAGCAAGGGGUGUUCAGUAACUUUUUCACCGGAGAGUACCAUCCCCCAGGGACGAGGAGGAGAGAGGAAAAAGGAAAACUCGUUUUGUUAAUUGCAAUGGCUUGCAAUUCGCACUUUGCAUGUUAUCAUUUCAAUGAGCAUGUAGGAUGCCAAACCCACUGCGCUUGCCCUGGAAUGUGCUGAAAACUGCUUUGAGCAAACACUUGAGAACCCUGCAAUCUGGAGGGGAUUGUGCCAAACAGGUUUGGGCUUCUUUUCUCCCUUACUGCUUUGCUGUCAAUUUUAUCCUAUCUGCUGUCCCACAUUCAGAAAUUUGCCUUGGCUGUCAUGAGAGCUAGUAACUUGAAACCUUCCCAUUACAGAAGUGCCUUAUAUUGCCCACUCCCAGGCAUAAAGGGAGAUUAUAUUUUUACUUUAACGUGUGUAAAGCUGUUUACAGGAUGUGUGUAAGUAAUAUUCGGCAUGUUGGCAUUCUCAACAUCCACCUUUUGAAUGCCCGUCCUUUUCUGAUGUUUGCAGUAGCCAGAUUCAGACAAAUGCCAGGAUUCAUGAAUCAAUUGCUGCUGAAAAACUAGCAUGCAUGUAUGUUAGUAUUCUUCAUCAAAUUAGUGUAUACAAGUGGUGAGAGCUGAACGCAUGAAGAGGAACGCGUGUCUCAAAUCUCACCUUAGCCACAGACCUAGGAAUGACUGGUGCUCAGCUCUCCGCCCCUCUGGCAGUGAUCCUGACCUGCCUUGCUGGUCAGUUUGUUCUAGGGGCUGAAAUAACCUGAGAGCUAAACGGGUCUGCUGUUUUACAGAAUGCUGAUACCUGCCAACUCCCUGCAGACGGUGGUCUUAAAAGACUCUGAACUUGGGCAACUCCCAGCUGUGCGGCUGGAGCUCUCGCUUAGUGGUUUAACUGAUCCUACAAAGUUCUUGAUGUGUCUAAUUUUGUACUGCUUUUGGCAAGCGCUUGCAUGACCUGCUUGUCAAUUUUACUAAAUUGUAUUAUUUUAAAUAAUGUAUGAAUGGGCCAUGAAAGACACAAGCAUUCUGUAUUCUGUUUUUAAAAAAGAACUGAAGGCUGUUUGGAAA